AUGUCUUCCCCGACCCCCGGCAACGGCAAUAGCAAGAAGCAGAAGAAACCUAAGAAGCGAGCCAAAUUUGAAUCCGAGCAGCUCAAUCAUUUUGAUUCACUUCCAUGGAACCCGUCUCUCCCAGAAAAGGAGGAUGCUCUGUCGUUCUUCAUUGGCUCCAACGAACUCGAAGGAGGAUUUUUGUCACUUGAAGAAAUUGAUGAGUCGGCGUAUGGCUUCGAAAUACCAAAACCGGAGAAGGGAAGUGAGGAGAAAAUAGUUGAAGGGACAAGCAAAUCGAAGAAAAGGAAGACAAGUGAAUAUAGUUCUGCUGUUGAGGAUGAAAGUCAAAAAGUAGAGGAACUCGAACAGGAGGAUUUGGAUCAAGACAUAGAAGUGAAGCAAAAGAAAAAGAAACCGAAGAAAAAGAAGAAUAAGAAGAAUAAAAAGGAGAAUUUGGAAAAAGAGACUGCAGAGAAUGUGGAGCCAGUGGCAGAUGACAAGGAGGAUGUUGAAGUGGAAGCAGUUGAUGAGACUGACUUCUGUGCAUGGAAUGAACUGAGACUUCAUCCAGUAGUCAUGAAAUCAAUUUACCGUCUUAAAUUUAAAGAACCAACACCAAUUCAGAAAGCUUGUAUUCCUGCCGCUGCUCAUCAAGGAAAGGAUGUUGUUGGUGCUGCUGAGACUGGAUCUGGAAAAACUCUUGCAUUUGGUUUGCCCAUUAUACAGCGCCUUCUUGAAGAGCGAGAUAAGGUAGAGAAGCAGAUUGAACUGCAUGAUGAAGCAGAUGAAAGGAUUUCUGCCAAAGGUUUUUUGCGGGCUCUAAUCAUUACACCUACUAGGGAGCUUGCGAUGCAGGUCACUGAUCAUCUUAAGCAAGUGACAAGAGAUAUGAACAUUAGGGUGGUGCCCAUUGUUGGGGGAAUGUCAACUGAAAAGCAGGAAAGACUUCUUAAAUCAAGGCCUGAGAUUGUUGUUGGAACUCCAGGGAGAUUAUGGGAGCUCAUGUCAGGCGGAGCCAUCCAUCUCACAGAGCUCCACUCGUUGUCAUUUUUUGUGCUGGAUGAGGCGGAUCGCAUGAUUGAAAGUGGUCAUUUUCGUGAGUUGCAGUCCAUUAUUGAAAUGCUUCCAGUGACUAGUGAGUCAGUUGACAGUGAAUCUCAAAAUACUGAACACUGUGCAACAGUUUCUAGUGUCCAGCGAAAGAAAAGGCAAACAUUUGUUUUUUCUGCUACUAUUGCCUUGUCUGCUGAUUUUCGGAAGAAGUUAAAGCGAGGUUUAAUUAAAUCCAAGCAAAGCGAUGGGUUAAACUCCAUAGAGAAGCUCUCAGAGCGAGCAGGAAUGAGACCAAAUGCUGCUAUUGUUGAUCUAACAAAUGCUUCAAUUCUGGCACAUAAGCUUGAGGAAUCAUUUAUUGAGUGUAAGGAAGAAGAUAAAGAUGCAUACUUGUAUUACAUCUUAAGCAUUCAUGGACAAGGCCGCACCAUUAUUUUCUGUACAUCAAUCGCAGCUUUGCGACAUAUGUCUUCCCUUCUGCGGAUUCUUGAAAUAAAUGUGUGUACUUUACAUGCCCAAAUGCAGCAACGCGCACGCCUCAAGGCAAUUGACCGUUUUCGUGCAAAUGAACACGGUGUACUUGUCGCUACUGAUGUUGCAGCUAGAGGACUUGAUAUUCCCGGAAUUCGAACAGUUAUUCACUACCAGCUUCCACAUUCAGCUGAAGUCUAUGUUCAUAGGAGUGGAAGAACUGCCAGGGCUUCUUCUGAUGGAUGCAGCAUUGCCCUGAUUGCCCCAAAUGAAACAUCAAAGUUUGCUGGUUUGUGCAAAUCAUUUGCAAAGGAGAGCUUUCAACGAUUUCCUACGGAUACUUCUUAUAUGCCGGAGGUUAUGAAGCGAUUAUCACUUGCACGUCAAAUUGAUAAAAUUCUGCGGAAAGACUCCCAGGACAAGGCCAAACAAAGUUGGUUUGAAAAGAAUGCAGAAUCAGUUGAAUUACUUUUGGAUGAAAAUGACAGUGAGGAUGAAAGAGUGAACAAACACAAGAAAAAGAAAGCGUCAUCUGCACAGCUGAAGAAGUUGCAAGAGGAGCUGAAUGGUCAUCUUUCUAGGCCAUUGCAACCCAAAACAUUUUCAAAUCGGUAUCUGGCAGGGGCUGGUGUCUCGCCUCUGCUUCAAAAACAAUUUGAAGAAUUAACCAAGCCCAAACUUGGUGGUGUAAACAAUAUGGCGCCCAAUAAGAGAAGAAAGUUAGUGGUCAUUGGUCAGGAUUGCGUUGAACCUCUUCAGGCGCUUAGAAGUGCUGGUCAAGAGGCAGUCCAGAAUUUGAAGAAAAUAACAGAAACAAGAAAGAGAAUGGAGAACUUGAGGCGAAAAAGGAAGGAAGAGAAAAAACGUUUGCACGAACAACGAAGAAAGCAAAGGAAAAAACAAAAAGCUGGGAAUCAGUGA